GGAGGGUCCUCAACCCCCGCCCCCCCCUUUACAAGCCGGCCCGUGAGCCUCUGCGCUUUCUCUUUGCAACUCGCGCCGACCAUGGGGAUCUCCCGGGACAACUGGCACAAGCGCCGCAAGACCGGGGGCAAGCGUAAGCCCUACCACAAGAAGCGCAAGUAUGAGCUGGGCCGCCCGCCGGCCAACACCAAGAUCGGCCCCCGCCGGAUCCACACCGUGCGAGUCCGAGGAGGCAACAAAAAGUACCGGGCGCUGAGGCUGGACGUGGGCAACUUCUCCUGGGGCUCCGAGUGCUGUACCCGAAAAACAAGGAUCAUUGAUGUGGUCUAUAAUGCAUCCAACAAUGAGCUGGUCCGGACCAAGACACUGGUGAAGAAUUGCAUCGUGCUCAUCGAUAGCACCCCGUACCGUCAGUGGUACGAGUCCCACUAUGCCCUGCCCUUGGGCCGGAAGAAGGGAGCCAAGCUGACUCCUGAGGAGGAAGAAAUUUUAAAUAAAAAGCGGUCAAAGAAGAUCCAGAAGAAAUAUGAGGAACGAAAGAAGAAUGCCAAGAUCAGCUCACUUCUGGAGGAACAGUUCCAGCAGGGCAAGCUACUUGCCUGCAUCGCAUCAAGGCCAGGCCAAUGUGGCCGAGCAGACGGCUAUGUGCUGGAAGGCAAAGAGCUUGAGUUCUACCUAAGAAAGAUCAAAGCCCGAAAGGGCAAAUAAACCCUAACUUGGACGUUCUCUAAUGGAAUAAAUCCCCAGAUUGUUU